AUGGAGGAGUGGAGCUUCCACGACCCCAAGAUGGUGGCGUACUGCAGCGAAGUAGCUGACGAACUGGCGAAGGCGGCAUCCGGUCGAAAGCCCGUCCCCGACGGCAUCUUCGUCAGCGACCAGUACAAGCCCUCGAUCUGUUACAAGGAGUCGGGAAGGGUCGACGACGUGCCACCUGCCCCGGACUUGGGCGCCGACCCGGAAGAGGUCGGCAACGCGCCACCUGUCCCGGAAUCGGGCGUCAACUUUGGAAAGGUCGGCGACUCUCCAUCUGUCCUAGACCCGGAGGCCGAUCCCACCGACCCUGAAGUCAUGGAGAUCGACACGAACCUAGCAGAGGGGCCUGACCCCCCACCUGACUGGAGAGCCCCGUACCUCGACUACCUCAUCCGCGAGAUGCUCCCAAUGAACAAGACGGAGGCACGCAAGAUUGCACAUUGUGCCAAAUCCUUCGUCAUCAUCGACCAAGAGCUCUACAAGCAGAGCCACACUGGCAUCCUCUAG